AUGCCAGCUAAUCAAUCAAAACGUAAACGAGCUAUUGAAGUACAUAAUAAAAAAGUUACACAACGUGGUAAUGUACCAAAAUCAAAUAAACAAACAAUAUGUAAAUCACUUAUUGCUGAGAAUCUUCGAUCAACUUAUAUGAAAGCUCCAAAUCUUUCUCUCAAAGAAGCUAUUCGACAUGUACCAGACUUCUCAACACUUGUACCGACCUGUGUUGAUUCAUCUAUAGCAAGUUCUAGUGCAAGAAGUGGAUUGACAAAGGAAGACGUUGCUGCAAUAAAAACCUAUACUGCUGAAUGUUCGGUUUAUGAACUUCUCAAUGCAGCACUUCGUACUGAAGAAUUGAAGAAUAUUGAACCUUGGUUUCCUUAUUUGAAACUUCUUCACAUUGCUCUCAGCAAACUACUUUCAAGGAAAGGAACAUAUUGUCGUGGAAUACGUGGAAAUCUUAAUUCUCUUUAUCCAGUUGGUUCUAUUGUGACUUGGGUAUGUAAAGUAAUUGAAGAACUUUAUUUGAAUGAAUAA